AUGGCUAAGGUUAACACAGCAAUUGCUUGCUCCCGACGGAAGUCGCGCAAGGCGCACUUCAGCGCUCCCUCCAGCGAGCGACGAACCAUCAUGAGCGCCCCCUUGAGCAAGGAACUCCGUGAGAAGCACAACGUCCGAUCGAUACCAAUUCGCAAGGAUGACGAGGUCACCAUUGUGCGGGGAACCAACAAGGGUCGUGAGGGAAAGAUCACAUCCGUUUACCGCCUUAAGUAUGUCGUCCACGUCGAGCGAGUCAGCCGUGAGAAGUCCAACGGCCAGUCCGUCCCAAUCGGCAUCCAUCCAUCCAAGGUCGUCAUCACCAAGCUCAAGCUCGAUAAGGACCGUGAGAGCAUCCUCGAGAGAAUGGGCAAGGGACGCGCUGCCAGAGCCAAGUCCUCCUAA